AUGGGGUUGUUAGAAAAUAAAAUAAAGAGUAAUAAGAUUGCUGAAGUAGCUAGCAUAAUGUUUGGAGGUUGGCAAUACGUCACAAAUUUGGAAUCUCGUUAUAAUGGAAGAGUGUGGUUGGUGUGGAGACUUGAUUUUUAUACAGUGGUGCCUCUUGCUUCUUCAUCACAAGUUAUCACUUGUGAAAUCUUGUAUAUUCCUCUUCAACUCAAGUAUAUUAUGUCCAUAGUAUAUGCUUAUAAUACGAAGGAAGCUUGGCUUAAUAAUAUGCCUCCAUGUACUGCUGUUAAUUUACCAGAGGGAAUAAGUGAUCACUGUCCAAUUAAGCUUACUUUGACUGGCCAAAACACUAGAAGGAAAAGAGCUUUCCAAUAUUUCAAUGUUUGGGGCCAACACCCUUCUUUCAUGAAUACAGUUAGGAAAGGAUGGGAUAUAAAUAUAAAUGGGUGUAGCAUGUGGAAACUGGUGAGAAGGCUGAAGCUACUAAAGUCUGACCUUAAAAAGCUCAACUCCCAAUUUUUCAGGAACAUUGUUACACAAUCAAAUGAUGACAGAGAAGAGUUGUUUAUAGCACAAAGAGCCUUGCAGACUGAUCCUUUGAAUUUGGUUCUUCAGCAGGAAGAAAAGGAGAAGCUAGCUAAAUUUAGGCAAUCCUCAUACCUUGCAGAGAUGUUUCUUCAGCAACAGAGCAAGGUCACAUGGAUAAAACUGGGAGAUGAUAAUACCCAAUACUUCUAUUCAGUAAUUAAACAUAGAAGGCUGAAGCAGGUUACCACUCAGCUGAGAGAUGACCUAGGGAACUGGCAUUCAAAUAAUGAAGAGAUUGCAAGUCUGUUUGAACAACAGGUCCUGCUCUUGCAACCAUAUACUGGUAAGGAAGUGAAAACAACAGUUUUUCAGAUUGAUAGUAAUAAGAGCCCUGGGCCUGAUGGAUAUGGCAGUGGCUUUUUUAAAUCAGCCUGGGAAAUAGUGGGAGAAGAUGUGGUGACAGCAGUUCUGGAGUUCUUCACAAAUGGCAAAUUACUUAAACAGUUGAAUGCUACUAAUAUUGCCUUGAUCCCCAAGAUUAGUAGUCCAGAGCAAGCAAGUCAGUUUAGACCUAUUUCUUGCUGUAAUGUGCUUUAUAAGUGCAUUUCCAAGGUGAUAUGUCAAAAGACUGAAGGAAGCAAUACAAACAAUAGUAGCAGAAAACCAAUCAGCAUUUGUGCAGGGCAGGUCCAUGCUACACAAUGUUCUUAUAUGUCAUGA